AUGUCCCUGUCAAGCAUCCAGUCGAAACGUCAGUCGUACAGCCUCCGCCGCCCGUACAGCAACAUCACAGGACGAGACUCCUCAGACACCUACACCUCCGCCGAAAACGUAAUCUGGACCCUCAUAUCCCUUAACAUUGCCGUCUUUGGCACCUGGCAGUACGCUCGCUACACUCAAAACAGCAAACUGAUCAAACAACUCAAAGAAAACGCCACCCUCUCACUAGCCAACUUUGAGGCAGGACGGUACUGGACGCUCCUCACCGCCGCCUUCUCUCAUACCGAGUGGUGGCAUAUUCUGUUUAACAUGAUGUCGCUUCGCGCUUUUGGAAGUAUUCUGUCCUUCUUCCCGGGAGUAGGUGGAGGGCAUAUCCUUGCGCUCUCUGUAGGAAGCGCGCUUGCUGGCUCGGGUGGGUGGCUGUAUCAGCAAAAGGCUCGGGAGGACCUGCUCAAGAUCACUGGAGCAGGCGGGCAAAUCUUUGGACCGGGCACGCACGCCAGUGGUGCGGUAUUGGGCAUGGGUGCUGCGGCGACUUGCCUCAUGCCCUUCGCUCCGAUCAAUAUUCUGUUCAUUCCCGUUGCGAUUCCUUUGUGGGUGGCGACUGUGGGAUAUGCGGCGCUGGACACGUACUUGCUGGGCUCCAAGACCAGUCAUAUUGGACAUGCGGCACACUUAAGUGGGUCACUGUUCGGGCUGCUGUACUACUUCACCAACAUGAGAGGAUUUGGCGGAGUGUGGUGGAUGCUUAGGAGGAGAUGGAGAUGA